AUGAGUUCAGGUGAAGCUCCUCCCUACCUCACACCAGUUGACGGUGGUGUGCAGGUUUACAAUCUCCACACCCCAUUCAACCCUCACACAAACAGCGGCAAUACUCCCGCACCAGUGUACACCGGUGGAGGAGGUGCAGGAACGGAAACUGGAGAUGGCAAAAGCAAGUAUGUGAGUUACGACAAAGCGCUGGGGCGUAAUCCCGGAAUGACCACCUGUACUUCCUGCCAGCAGCAGGUCAUGACCAACGUCACCUACAAAGCAGGGACGUACGCCUGGCUGAUGUGCUUACUCUUCAUCUGCUGCGGGUUGGUCCUGUGCUGCUGCCUGAUUCCUUUCUUCAUGAAAAACUUCAAGGAUGCAUACCACACAUGCCCCCGCUGCAACAGAGUGCUGCAUGUUGACAAGAAACAAUGCUGUAAAUGAUGAACAUGAGGGCAGAAAUGGAGCCACAGAAAUAAGAAAUAACAUCCUGUUACCUUUGUCUUAUCAGUUGCACCAUUAUAUGAAACUGAAAGGCUGCAGUUCACAUGUAACUCAUUUCUACAGAUGAGCCACUGCAUUGGCCGAAGC